AUAGGGUAUAUUUUGAAUUGUGUUCAGAAAUCUAAGAUGGCGGCUUGUCUAGGGUAUAAAAGAUGCAAUGUCUUCCAAACUAACAUCAGACGAUCGAAAAAUGGCAAAGGGCACAGUCAUAUGGUUAUCGGUUCUAUUCCUGGGCACAGUACUGGGACAGCCGUGCCCGCAGCCGGAGCCGCAGUUCCCCUGCCCCUGCCCAGCCCCGGAGCCUGCCCCCUGCAGCCCCUGCGAUGGAGCAGCCCAACAGAUUGGCCCCUGCAACCCGUGUGAGCCACCGGUCAAUUAUGUCUACGGUCAGGCACCUUGUGGUUCAAUCCUAAUCAGGCCAGGACAGAUCCGGUUCCCAACGCCACCCCCGAUCAUAGUCCGCCCCGGAGAGAUCAGGCUGCCCACUCCCCCCGCGAUCUGGGUCAAACCUGCCCCCGUGCAGCCACCAGCGCCGCAGCCCAUUACUGUCCGCCCACCACCCGUGCAGCCGCCAACUCCUGCCCCCUUCUACGUGAGGGUGCCGGCUGUGAACCCCCCACAACCACCCCCAUUGAUCGUCCGACCUCCACCAGUGGCUGUGCCAAGACCACCACCGAUGAGGGUACAACCACCAUCAGUCCAGCCGCCAGUACCAGACGCACUAGUCGUGCGACCGCCGAAGAUCGUCGUCCCCGCACCCCCUACCAUCUGCUUCAAGCCAAACCCCCCACAGAACUUCAGGACCUUGGGAUCAGCCACCGUUUGCCGUCUAUCCAACCAGAAUGAUGGGGGAUCACCUUGUUCUUGCUGUCCCCCCCCGUGUCCCCCCUGUCCCCCUCCUUGCCCGUGCCCCUGUCCUCCCCCUUGUCCACCACCGUGCGUCCCCCCUUGUCCGUGUCCGUGUCCGUGUCCGUGUCCGUGUCCGUGUCCGUGUCCCCCACCGUGUCCCCCGCCGUGCCCGUGCCCAUGCCCGCCACCCCCCUGCAUAUGCUAAGUUUAUGUAACAAUUUAAUAUAUAUGUAUUUGUAUGUAUAUAAUAUAUAACGGUAUACAUUUGUAAUUGAUUGAGCGUUUUGAAAUAUAGUGCGGGUUAUUUGAGCA